AUGGUGAGGAACGUGGAUGACUUCGACUUCUGCCUGCCGUCGCAUGCUCAGGGCAUGCUGGAGGGGCUGCAGCGGUUGCGCACCCACCCCAAGCUGUCGGAUGUGCUGCUGCUGGCAGGGGGGAGGGAGUUCCCCUGCCACCGUGGCGUCCUGGCCCUCUGCAGCCACUACUUCCACGCCAUGUUCUCUGGAGACUUUGCCGAGAGCAUCGCGGCACGCGUGGAGCUGAAGGAGGUGGACCCGGAUGCGCUGGAGACGCUGCUGGACUUUGCCUACACGGGGAAGGUCACCAUCAACCAGGGCAAUGUGGAGGGGCUGAUGCGGACGUCCAGCCAGCUCCACUUCCCCGCCAUCCAGAAGGCCUGCAGCCGCUACCUGCGGCAGCAGAUGGACGCCACGAACUGCCUAGGUAUCUGCGAGUUCGGAGAGAGCCACGGCUGCCCCGAGGUGUCCUCCAAGGCCUGGUCUUUCUUGCAGGAGAACUUUGAGGCCGUGUCUCAGCAGGAGGAGUUCCUCCAGCUCUCCAAGGAGAGGUUGGCCGUCUACCUCUCCAACGAGCAGCUGCAGGUGCAGGAGGAGCAGAGCGUGGCCGAAGCCGUGCUGCGCUGGGUGCGCCAUGACCCGGGGCCCCGAGCCCAGUUCCUGCCCGAGCUGCUGGAGCUGGCCCACCUGGUCUCGCUGCCGGACCAGUACCUCCAGAACCUUCUCGCUGCCGAGCCCCUCGUCCGCGACUCAGCUGCCAGCAAGGCCCUUGUGGCCAGGUCCCGCGCCACUGUCAGCAGUGGCGGGGUCUCCACCGCACUGCAGAAGCUGAGCCCACCGCAGAAGCUGGAGGAGGUGCUGGUGGUGGUGGGCGGCCGGGUGCUGGAGGAGAGUGAGGAUGAGGAAGGGGGGCUGGAAAUGCCGGCUGCCCCCAGGAACUUUGCCUUCUACAACCCUAAAAGCCGGCAAUGGAUCGCUCUGCCCGACUUCCCUGACUACAACAAGUGGGGCUUUUCCCUGGUGGCGCUGAACAACGACGUCUAUGUCACAGGUGGCUCCCGGGGGUCCCAGAAUGACACGUGGUCGACAACCCAGGCCUGGCGCUUCUGCCCCAAGGACGGAGCCUGGACACCCAUCGCAUCCAUGCUGCGAGCCCGGACGAACCACACCAGCGCCGUCCUCAACGGCGAGAUCUACGUCAUUGGGGGGACCGCGGUGGAGGUGGUGGAGGUGGAGCGCUACGACCCCUACAACCAGAGCUGGUGCGCCAUCAGCCCGGCCCUCAAGUAUGUCAGCAACUUCGCCGCCACCGGCUGCCUGGGCAAGCUGUACCUCGUGGGCUCCUGCGCCGUCAAGUACAACGCGCUCACCCUGCAGUGCUACAACCCCGUGCGAGAUCUGUGGAGCGUGAUCACGUCCCCCUUCAUCCCCAAGUACCUCUCGGCCCCGCGCUGUGCCACCCUGCAUGGGCUCAUCUACCUCAUCGGGGACAACACCAAGAAGGUCCACGUCUACGACCCGGAGGCAAACAUCUGGCAGAAGGUGCAGCUCCUGCACACGCUGCAUGAGAAUGGCGGGAUGGUGCCGCUGGGCGACCGGCUCUUCGUCACUGGUGGCCACUGGAAGGGAAUGGACGGGGACUACCGGGUGGAGAUGGAGGUGUACGACUGCGCCAAGGACCGCUGGACGCGGGAAGGCUCGCUGCCCUGCCUCUGGCUCUUCCACAGCUCCUCCUCCAUCUUCAUGGACACCUCCAAGUGGACAGAGGCUUUCCAGGGUGACCAUGGGUGGUAG